GGCCUGGACCUAGUGUUGCACAACCUACAGUCGGGUCAUCUUCUGAUGCAAGCCCUUCUAUAACGGAGAGGUUUGUUUUUGUGCCACGUGAUAGAAAAUGCCCCAUGUUUAGAGGGAAAGGAGGCAUUGGCUUAACUGAGUGGCUUGAGGAAGUACAGGCCUGCAUGAGGGUACGUCAUUUGUCUACCGCUGAUCAGGCCUACUUUUUAUUUGAUCACUUAGAGGGGGAGGCACGCGAUGAAAUAAAGUUUCGACCUAUCACAGAGCGUGAAGAUCCCACCAAAAUUAUGGCCAUUUUAAAGGAAUUAUAUGGAUGUUAUGAAUCCUAUGUGGCACUGCAGGAAGCAUUUUUCUCUCGCCGUCAGCGGGAUGGUGAAACGCUGCAGGAGUUUUCGCUGGCUUUAAUGAGUCUUAUGGAGGCUGUGAAAUCCCGUGCUCCUAGAGAUUUUCAAAAUGCAGAGUCAUUGCUGCGUGAUCAAUUUGUUGAGCAUGUGUGUGAUGGGGCUCUUCGUCGUGAGUUAAAGCAGUUUGCGCGCGGGAAGCCAACAGCCACCUUGCUUGAGGUUAGGGCCGAGGCACUUCGCUGGGAGCGGGAGGUGCGACCGAGUAGUGUACUCGGUUUAAAAGCUUCUGCACCUUUAGUAUUUGGUUCACAGUAUGGCGUGCAGAGCUGCCCUCAAGGGGCGAUUAGUUCACACCACACCUCCGAACUGAGCCAGCUGAGGGACAUGUUGCAGCGGCAGCAGUCGCAGCUUGAUCAACUUACCCAGAGUAUAGCUCGCUUGCAAAAACCCAGCCAGCAGGGCCGUUCUCGAGACUCCAUUAUCUGUAGGCGCUGCCAGAAAGCUGGCCAUUUUGCUAGGGAUUGUGAUGGGGUUCGGGUUCCGGUACGGGCCUCUGAGAAAUCACCUCAGGUUGCGGAAAACUAUUUCCCACCGAGUCGCUGAGCCACGAUUCGGGUGGGGUAGUUG